UGCAGCCGCCAUUAUUUUUCGUCUUUCACCAAAAGACCACUAGAUAAAUGGAGCUUCGUCGGAAUUACUGUGUAUACAAACGCCAAAGUUAACUUCCUGCCAGGAACACAACGAAUAUACUCUUUUCAUGAACAGCAUAUAGCUUACUGUAAGAAUUUAUAACUUGAUGAAAUAAAUAUUGAGGAGGACACCAAUGCCUAAAAGAAAACCAUUGACAGAAGAGCAAAAGGCUAAAAUGAAUGCACAAAAGAAGCAAAAAAGAGCUUCAGAGACACCAGAAGAAUCUGCCAAAAGAAGAGCAAUGGAAGCAAUGAGAGUAAAAAUUGCUCGCAGAAAAGAAACUCCAGAGCAGACGGAAAAAAGGAGAGCAAUAGCAGCAAUGAGAGUGAGAAUUACUCGCAGAAAAGAAACUCCAGAGCAGACUGCUAAAAGGAGAGCCAUGGAAGCUGAACGAGUUGCAAAUUCACGGCAAAGAGAAACACCAGACGACAAGUCAAGAAGAAAAACUACUGACGCACAACGAAAAGCAAGUGUCCGCGCAGCACAACGCCAAAUGGAAGAUAUCAUUAGAGCUAACAAUGGAAAAGAAAUGAUGCUAAUUUUGAACCGAGUCGAAACGAACGUCAAUCAGACGCUUCUUGAGCACGGGCUUACUUUAUCUCAUGAUGAUCUUCAAACGUUACAUGAUUUUCGAAAAGCAGCAGCAAAUAGUGAAAAGCCUGUUGCUCAGGAGACUGAUUCAAUCGAAAAAAAAAGCCCUUCCAUUUGUCCGACGGUUUCGCUUACGAUACAUGAUUCUGAAAUGCCCCAGUUAAUGAAGGAACCUUUACCACGAGUCGAACAACAACAGAAAGUGGUUGCCACCUCUCUAAGCUCCCUACAACCAGUCGUUGUUCCUUCCACAUUGGUUCCAGCAACUACUAGACCUAAAGUGAUCGCUCUAUCAAAGAAAAGGGAAUGUAAUAAGUUCGUGGAACAUAUAGAACUUACGAAACAAGUGUCAACUCCUUCAACCUGUGGCCUGCCGAUUAUUAAAAUAUAUAAUCAAAUUGCUCCAGCCGUCAAAAACAGCAAUGUCCAGGCGAACACCUUUAAACCUCUCACAAAGACGCCUCUACAUUCUGUUUCCAAUGGAGUAAACAUCCCGUCGGUAACUAAUCCGCAAACGGUAGUCUUGAAUACUCUUCCGAACAGUCAAGCCAAAUCAAGGAGUGUCAGAGUUGUGUCCAGGGUGCAGAUUAUCAGAUUGUCUGAUGAAAAAUUACAGAAGUUGCAAAACAACAAGUCGCACAUCCAGUAUCUCAGUUCUAAAAAGGAUUUAAGUCCUCAGGAAACUUUGCUAAUGCCGAUACUUCUCCAGAAUCAACAAAACAUUUUGUCUACGGGAAUAACAGUUCCAACGAUUCCGGGACAAUCCGUUCAAGGCAUUCCAUUUUUAAGCGGGGAAUGCAUGUAUGUCGUUCAAGUCAAUACCUUCCCAGCCUUGCCUGCUAUUCGAAAGAGCCCCGAGGAACUGGUUACAAUUCUACAGAGUCCCAAAGAACUGGUUACAAAAGUCCCCAACGCUGAGCCGGCUGAGCAAGCUGCUACCCCAUUUAAAAUUGAGAACAGUUCAGACUCCUCUUGGAAUCUACCUCAGGGCAAUAAUCCUGCCACGGAAAAAGUACUUCAAUUAAAAACUAAUAAUGGACGUGAUUACAUUCUCCCCGAUUCCGAACGAAUUAUUUGCAAUCGUCAAACCUGUGUCAUUGAAGUAGCUCUUCUGAGAACACAAUUAAACCAAAAGACAAUUGAUUUGGAGUCUUGUAACCUCGAAUUAGAUAAUAUGAAGAAAGAGCUGGAAAAAGCAAAGGAGUAUAUAGGUAACCUAAGAGCACAAUUAGAAGAGAACACCCAAACAUUGUGCUCCUACCUAGCUAACUGCUCAUAAUUUGUGUUUUCUAUUUUGAAAUCUCAAUCAUGUCAAGAAAUUUCAAAAAUGUCGUACCAUAUUGUGUUGUUGAUUUGAAGAUUGAUAGUGAAUGGAAAACUUGUUUCUUGGGGUUUAUUUUUAUGCCAGCAAUUCUUUUUCAUCACCUGAACUUGAGUUUAAUUUUUGUAUUUUCCGCUCCUCAUAAUAAGGCAUUCGAGAAUAAUUGACGUCAGACUGUGACUUAUUAUUGAUUAAGAAUAUAGUUUUGCAUUUUGAUUACUGAUUGAAAUUGAAUUACAUAUUUGAUUGAAGAAAUAGUUGCUAAUUUGGUCAUCCCAGAGGCCAGAAUUCUUAUUGAAAUAAAUAACUUCUUCAUAACACCAAA